AUGGAUGAUGAAUUAAUGAACGAUGAAAAUUAUGAUCGACAUAAUUUACUUCGAGAUUUUGAAUAUUGCGUCUAUUCAGAAGCUGGUCCUCUCAUUCCUUAUUGUAGUUUAACAAUUUCUCAAACUAUUAUUCAAGGAUUGAAUUGUCGCUUAAAAUUUGCACGUAAUGAAUCAAACACUGAGAUGAAUUUCAAGAACACAUUUUUCAAAGAAGGAAAUUAUUGUGAGAAAAUUGAAGAGAAUUUGGAUGAAUUGUGGAAGAAUCGCGAUGCUCUUUAUUUCAGUGAUGCAGUGAUAUUUUUAUUUGAUUCUAUGAAAUUGAAAGAAAUCAAGUCAGAGAUCAACCUUGACACAUUGGAAACCGUUGAGUUAUUACCUUGCUUACGUCGGGUGAUUUUACAAUAUCCUUUUUCUCCCAUUGUUCUCGUGCUCUCAGAUAUUUAUACUGCCAACGAGUUUGAGAAUCAAAUUUCUCGUACAUUAUUGAACUUUCCUCAUGUCACUGGUGUUUAUGAGUAUGCACAAGAUAGAACAGUAUUGGAGGUGGCUUGUAACAGUGCAUUGUAUGGUUUGAGGAGCUGUGCACAGUUGCAUGUUGACCUCACGCAACAACGAAAAACAUGUGAAUUGCAGUAA